UCUCUCGUGGAAGAAUCGCAUAAAAGGCCCCAUUGGGCACCCUUUUUCGGAGUUCACCUCAUUCCUUCAAUCUGAGGUCUCUCCCCGGUCUCUGUAUUCCAAAACUUACAAUUUCAGCUCAUAUCUACUCUGCUUUGCUUGCUCUGCCUCAUAACCCCGAGAACGAAACUCAGACAUGUGCAGCGGUUCGAAGAGCAAACUCUGCCCUUCUGAUUUUUCCAUGGAAGGUGGAUCCCUGAAUGAUCGGAUUCCCUGUAGAUGCUCGGUCUUGCUUGAGCUCGCUGCAUCCAAUGAUCUUGCAGCCUUCAAGCGGGAGGUUGAAGACGAGGGCUGUGAUGUUGAUGAGCCUUGCUUUUGGUAUGGAAGAAAAAUCGGCUCGAGGAAGAUGGGGUUCGAGGAGAGAACCCCUCUUAUGAUUGCUUCCAUGUUUGGUAGCCUCGAUGUCUUGAAGUAUAUUCUCGGCACGGGCAAAGCUGAUGUGAACAGGGCUUGUGGGUCUGACAAGGCGACCGCUCUCCGCUGUGCUGUUGUGGGCGGGUCUCAUGGCUCAAUCGAGGCCGUCAAGCUCUUGCUUGAUUCAUCUGCAGACCCUUACAGCGUUGACUCCAAUGGGAAUAAGCCUGUUGAUCUGGUUGGGUUGGUAUUAACGCCAUCUAGGAGGAAAGCCUUGAAAUUGUUGUUCAAGGGUGAAGGCUUUGCUGGCGAAGAUAAGCCGAUGAUAGCAACUCCGGAGAAGAAAGAGUAUCCAGUUGAUGUCCCGUUGCCUGAUAUUAAUAAUGGGAUUUACAGCUCUGAUGAGUUCAGGAUGUAUACUUUUAAGGUGAAGCCUUGCUCGAGGGCUUACUCCCAUGAUUGGACCGAGUGCCCCUUCGUUCACCCUGGAGAGAAUGCGAGAAGGCGGGACCCUAGGAAGUACCCUUACAGCUGUGUCCCCUGCCCUGAUUUUCGGAAAGGAUCAUGUCCUAAGGGAGAUGCCUGCGAGUAUGCUCACGGGGUCUUCGAGUCGUGGCUCCACCCAGCCCAGUACAAGACCCGGCUCUGCAAGGAUGAAACAGGCUGUGCCCGAAAGGUUUGCUUCUUUGCCCACAAGCCUGAGGAGCUACGACCUGUGUAUGCAUCCACAGGCUCGGCCCUACCCUCACCCAAGUCAUUUUCGCCUCCGUUGUCUCCCAGGGCGAGCCCGAAGAGUAUGGGCCUCUGGCAUACCCCACCGGCUCUGCAGCUCUCUGGCAGUCGGCUUAAGACAGGCUUGUCCUCUCGGGACUUGGAUUUGGAAAUGGACCUUCUCAGUCUCGAGAAUAACCAGUUUUUGGAAGAGAUCUCUCGUCUCUCCUCGCCCUCUUACUCAAACAAGGACUUCUCAAGAAUCGGAGACUUGAAGCCGACCAACUUUGAGGACUCCCUCAGGUCUCUCGAUCCCACUGUCCUGUCGCAGCUGCAGGGGCUCCCGAUGACUAAUAACAGCGCUCAUUCUGCUGCCCACAUGCAGUCCCCGGUUGGCGUUCAGAUGCGCCAGAACAUGUCCCAGUUCCGCCAGAGUAACUUCCCAUCAUCUCCCGUGAGGAAGACUUCUCCUUUUGGGUUUGAUUCAUCCAGUGCUGUGGCAACAGCUGUGAUGAACUCCCGGUCAGCAGCUAUGACAAAGAGGAGCCAGAGCUUCAUAGACCGUGGGGCCUCCACUCAAGGGCCAUUUGGGAAUGCGAAUUCGAUGGCUCAGUCCAAUCUUUCUGGCUGGGGCUCUCCUGAUGGGAAGCUGGACUGGGGUGUCCGAGGGGAUGAGCUUAAUAAGCUUAGGAAGUCUUACUCAUUCGGGAUUAGGGACACCAAUAACUCCAUUAACAGGGCAGACUUUUCCGAUGAGCCUGAUGUGUCGUGGGUGAAUUCCCUGGUGAGAGACGUCCCUCAGGGAGAGCGCGGGAUGGAAAAGCAGCGGAGCAGUAAUGGAACGGGGAAUCACGUAAUGGCUCUGCCCUGGGGGGUGGAUCAGCUGUACAUAGAGCAGGAGCAGACGGUGGCUUAAAAGAGCCUGCUGCCGCAGUUCGCUCUGGCUAACAACGAGCUAAUCAGUUCUCAUAUUCUUUGUAUUCUUGUAUACGUUUGUACCGAUCGAUACAUUGCAUCUUUAUAGGUAUAAAGUAGAAGCGAAACUCUGCUACUUAAAGAAUUGCUGAGGGAUUAGUCGAAGAAGCUGGACGAAGUCGGGAUUCUUUUGUUGCCGAUAUAAUACAUUGCUCAAUCCUGCAAGAGGAUUUGCGAGUAGUGAGGGUGUAGGGGGAUAAAUAAUUUCCUUUGUUGUGUAGUCCGACGACGAUGAUGUCGUUUGAGAGACAAUUAUAGCUGAAAUAAUCGUACUUACAUUUUCUUGGCUA